GCUGGGUGGGAGGUCUGGGUGGUGAGCCCCUCUGAGCAGUAUCUACCAACCUUUGUUGCUAAGCAGGUGAGAUUGAAAAUAGAGUAAAAGGUAUGCAUGUAGCUGCAAAGAAAUCCCAGUUUCUCCGGGUCAUCCAUUCAUGAAUGACUGUCUCCGGCUUUGUUUUGCUGAGCAGUAUCUGUAUUAGGCCCUUUCCCUCUUGAGCAUAACGCUUUAAUAUUGUGUGCCUUCCCACAGAAGUCUGUUUGACAGAUGAACAUCACCAGAUGUUGACAACAUCUGGUUCGAGAUCUUGAGCCCACAAGUAGCAAGAUGCCUUUUUUUAUUGCAAAGUGUAGUGCUCUAGUGCAUAUACAUGUGCAGAGCUCUUGUGUGUUGGCAGAAUUGCUGUGCUUGCUACCGGCAAUGGAUAGGGGUUGGAAUACUGACUUGGCAUCUUGUGAUGGAUGGUUUCCCAAAAGCUGAAGAAAUAACGUGUAUGCCUAUGAAUUUAAGCAGAAACAAUUCCUGUGUACCCUCAUGCUUGAUUCAAUUGUGACUUUGUUAUAUCACUUGAGUAACCACUAUAGAAAUGGAUAUGUUGUACAUUGUACAUCAGCCAGUUGUCUGUAAAACUGAGGCGUGUGCAGGGAUGUACAAGCACAAAUUCCCUGCUCCCCAAGCAUUCCAAUGUAACUUCAGUGUGGCACAGUUACCGUGACAGCUGGAAUGAACAAGCUGCAUGGUCUUCAUCGUUGAGUGUUUACACGUGUGCACAUACAUACAAACACACAGAGUCAGUUGGGUGUGAUUGGUUUAAUCACCUACGAGCAGAAAGUUGAUCUUUUCUUGCUAAGCUGGUCACUGACUGAAGAACAAAAGUUGUUUGCUCUGCGAAAUCCAGUGUGUGGCUAUUCCAUAAUGGUAGUGUCAUUUUAUAUGCCAAUAACUGUGGAACAGGGUGACUCAGUUAGAGGAGGCCUGAAACCUGUGGGCUGGCAGAGGUUAGGGUGCUGGAGAAGGCCUAGUGAAAAGGAGUGCUCUCUUCCAUCCCCUCUCCCAGGCUGGCAUUGAGAAUGGCUGCAGUGGUAGCAUUGGGAAACAUAUCAAAAGGAUGCACACCUUUACUACAAAACGUGUGAUCCUUUAGUUAAAAUGAUUUUAAAUUAUUGGUUUUUGUAAUAUAAUGAUUUCUGCCUGAUCCCUUCUUUUCCCUCACUUUAUCUGAUAUUCAAGGGUUUGAAAUCUCUUUUUAAACAUCCUAAUCUUUGCUACAAUGGCUCCUGACAAAAAAAUGGCUUUGACACAGUUUGGGUACAGUUUUGUGUGUCACGAAAAUCAAAUUCAUUUGCCUUCUCACCUUCUUCUAUUUUUGUAAAGAAAUUACUUCAGUGAUUUGGACAUUUUAUAAGGAAGAGGUGGUCUUUUUCUAUCUUGAAAAUAAUACAACAUCCAUUUCACUUUAAAAAAAAAUCUGUCAAGCCUGAAUAAUAAACAAAAACCCAUCAAGAGGUAGACUCCUUUCACACUGUCUUCCAGAGAAUCUUCACUUUGUUCAGAGAAAGUUUCCCAAUUUACAUAGUGAUUCUUCUUUAUGGGAGAGUUAUUUUCAUUCUCUGUUUCUCAGACCUUUUCCUAUAGAUGGGAACGGGGGAAGGAGCCCAGACGUGGCAACUCAUUCACAGGCUCCUGCCGGACCACCAUGGCUUAUGAUGGCGCCAAGAAGAAAGAAGAGUUCCUAGAGAGUCACCGAGGUGUUGAUGACGGGCUGGCAACCAGCAGGAUACAGCGAGAGAAGAAGCGCUCUUACAAGGAUCUGCUGCAAGAGGAAGACGAGGUAGCAACUCAGGACAGUGAGUUUUUUCCGGGGACAGAACCUCACAAAAAGAAGAAAAAGCACUCCUCCGAUGAGUUCUGCUACAGAGGUGUUUCACCUCUGGAUCUACCAUCAAAGAAGAAGAAAAAAGCAGCUUCUAGCCCAUCCUCAGCUGAUCCAACCAUGGAUUUACUCAAGGCUAUCACCUCACCUUUGGCCACAAGCUCAAAGUCUUCAAAGAGGACCUCUGAAAAAUCAUCUCAUUCUUCCUCUGGCCAUUCUGAAAGCAGAAAGGAGCACACCAAGAAAAAGCUGAGUGGGAGCAGUGGGGAACACUCAGUGGACGAUGGCAGCUCCCACAAAUCUAAAAAAAUGAAACCUCUCUAUGUGAACACAGAGACACUUACUCUUCGUGAACCUGAUGGCUUGAAGAUGAAGCUCAUCCUCUCACCAAAAGAGAAAAGUAGUGCAGCAGAUGAUGAUGCUUUAUCCUACUCUUCAACACCAGCAGCUGCAAAGAAAUCUUCAAAGAAAUCAGCUCGAGAUGAGCAAGGCUCAUUUCUGCUGGGUCAUGAACUGCAGAGCUUCCUGAAGUCAUCCCGAAAGAAGCACAAACCACCUUCUGACUCACAUCCGCCUUCUGAGAGUUUUGGUGCUGACACCUCCCUUCAUUCAGAGGGCCACGGAAGCGAGUAUGAGAUUCCAGGUACGGAAGCGCCACCAGAAUCUGGUUCUUCUUCUGGUGGAGAGUUGGAGGCUGGAGAGCUAGUGAUAGAUGACUCCUACCGGGAAAUCAAGAAGAAGAAGAAAUCAAAAAAAAGUAAGAAAAAAAAGGACAAGGAGAAACACAGAGAGAAGAAGCACUCUAAGUCUAAAAAGAGUUCUGGGCAUUCUCCUGUGGCGGUAGCAGAAGUAAGGGUGUCACCACCACCUCCCAGUACCCCCUAUGUUGUUCCUCCACCUCCUCCUGCUGUUUUUCACUCAGAUGGUCAAGGUGAGAAAAGGAGGAAAAAGGAAGACAAGGAGAAAGACAAAGCUGAAAAAUGGGAAAAGGAGAAGGAAAGAGACAAAGAAAAGGAGAGAGACAAAGAAAAGGAGAGAGACAAAGAAAAGGAGAGAGACAAAGAAAAGGAGAGAGACAAAGAAAAGGAGAGAGACAAAGAAAAGGAGAGAGACAAAGAAAAGGAGAGAGACAAGGAAAAGGACAGAGACAAGGAAAAGGAAAAAGAAAGAGAAAAAGAAAGAGAAAAAGAAAAGGAAAGAGAGAAGGAAAGAGAAAAAGAAAAGGAAAGAGAGAAGGAAAAGGAAAGAGAAAAAGACAAGGAAAGAGAAAAGGAAAAGGAAAGAGAAAGAGAAAAACCAAAGAAGAAAAACAUGUCUGCCUAUCAAGUGUUUUGUAAAGAGUAUCGUACAACUAUUGUGUCUGAGCACCCUGGAAUAGAUUUUGGAGAGCUAAGUAAAAAACUGGCAGAAGUGUGGAAGCAGCUACCUGAGAAGGACAAACUGAUCUGGAAACAGAAAGCUCAGUAUCUCCAACACAAGCAGAAUAAAGCAGAGGCCACUACUGUGAAGAGAAAGGCAUCAUCUUCAGAUGGUGCACCAAAAAUGAAAGCUUCUCCAACAGGAGUGAUUUCCCCUCAUAAGAAAUCCCCCACAAGCACCGUGGUGGUGCCUUCCUCACCAGCCAAAGCCCCUGAGACAGAUCCUAUUGAUGUAGCUGCACACUUACAGCUGCUGGGUGAAUCCCUGAGCCUCAUUGGACACAGACUGCAGGAAACAGAGGGAAUGGUGGCUGUUUCAGGAAGUUUGUCAGUACUUCUAGAUUCAAUCAUCUGUGCUUUGGGCCCAUUGGCAUGUCUGACCACACAACUGCCUGAGCUGAAUGGCUGCCCGAGGCACGUUUUGUCAAACACACUAGACAACAUUGCCUACAUCAUGCCUGGACUUUGAUGGGAAAGGAUCCUGGGAUGUACUCAACCUCUGCGUAACUGAUUUGUGUACAUAUGCACUACGCGGCGCUCCUGAAGGGCUCCAUGUGGAGGCUUUUUAAGUUUUAUAUGUGUAUAGUAUAUACAUAGGAUUGUAACUAUUUGACUUCUAUUUUAUGAAAAGUUGUGAAAUUAAGCUGAGAAAACCCUUUUGUGUCAGUGGGUGAAACGUCCUCCAGUCUGAAAGUACUUUGUAUGAAGAAUUCAGAGCACUUUUGAGAUACUUGCCUUAAUUUCAGAUCCUUUAGUGGGGGAAGCAGGCAGAGAAUGGACUUCUCGAUGUAAAGAAGAAAGCUGUCACCAUGAGAAAGGUCAUUGAAACAGUUGGCCCAGAGGGGUUCUUGACUCUCCAUUCUUGAGGAUUUCAAAAAUUGAAUGAGCAGCUUCCUCUAGCUGGACUUUCUUUAAGCAGGGAGAUGGACCAGAUGACCUCCUGAUACCCCUGCCAGCCUAAAGUAUUCUGAUAUUCUAUGGGCAGAUAGAGAUGAUAAUAUAUUUUGGACCAAGGAAUAGAACUGAAUUCUUCACCAGCCGUAUUUGUAACUCUUUUUCAGUUUAAAAUCCACUGCUUGAGGGGAAAGCUGGAUAGCUGAUUAAAGAUACAGAGGUCUUUGCCUCUUGGUCGCUUCCUCCAACCCUCGCUCCUCAGUCAAUAAUAACUGAAAGUUGUCAGUGUCAGCUGGCUGGUCUGGUAGCUGGCAUUUGAAGGGAAGUAGAAGAUGUCAACAAGUUUAAUUUUUUCUUGUGGACUCAUACCCAAAUCAUCAUUAGCACAAUGUAUCAACCAACUGCAUUUGCUUGAGAGAAUGAACCUCUUGCUGGCUUUUUCCAGGGCAUGGUCAGCCUGCUCUGAUGGAGAGGAGCGCAGAAGCAGAUGGGAAAAACUUGGAUUGCUUCUGCCCAUCUUGCACCUGUUUUAUGAGAUUGCUCACCCCCCAUCCCUUUCACCAGCACUAUUGAAAGAGCUGUGGUGCUGCUGCAAGGCAGUGACUGCUGACCAGUUUGAAGCAGCUACGGCUGAGUAAGGCACAUGUGGGUUGAUUGGACCGGUUCCUCUUCCUUCCAGACACAUACUUGGAGUUUGGUUUUCUGCUCCUGUAGAAGAGGAGAUGCAGAAGACGACUUGAUUCCUGUUUAGACUUUUGUCUGUCUUGUAUGUUUAUGUGGUGUUCAUAUCACAUGUAUUUAACUUUUACCGAUAUCUGUAACAGAUUUUAAUUUAUCCUGUAUAUUUCUGUGUGUGUGUGUGUAUAUAUAUAUAUACAUAAUUUAAAAGCAAAAAUCCCUCCCUCAGCCAACAGUGUGUGGAAAAUAGGAAUCAACUUUGCCUCACCUGUUCCUGCAGGAAUCAGCUAUAUGUGGGAAAACACCAGGAAGAUUCUAAGUGUUUGUAAAAACAGGCCAUCUUGUGAAAGAAGGUAGAAAAACUGAAAUGUUUGACUCAAACCUUUCCACCUCUGUAACAAGAAAGUUUUAAAAUUACAGAACAGCCAUUUUUUACAUCCAAGUAAGUCUAGCUUCUGUUUUUCAGGAUAGUUGAAAGUGAACUGUCCCUCAUUCUGGCUGAGCCCCAAAUCGGAAGUAAAUUAAAUCCUUGGGUGUGCAGGAGGGUUUUUCUCCCAAUACCUCUUCACUAUGUAUUCCCCAGAUGUGCCUGUGUACAAGGUAGUCUCUCUCUUACAGAGUUUUUCUCAGCGCAGUGAGAGGUUUUGUCAGUCAGUUAGUGGAGGAGGCAAAAGGUUCUCAGACCACUGGACCAGAACACACGUUUUAGCAACAUAUGACAAAUCCCAGUGAGCCUAGAAUUAGGAAGGUCCCAGGAGGGAUCCUAGCCCAUACAGAACCAUCUGCUGCUGGGAGCGGCACAAAAUAACUUUUUUUCCAGCCCUUUACAGUUGAGAGCAUUGUGGUGAAGGGAUAGAUCUGCUCUCGAAGAAACAGAAGGGGAUAGCUUUAGCUUUGUUGUCUGUACAACGAAAAACUCUUGAAGAGUGAAAAACACACACAACCCUGGUGUAUUGUAUUUUUAUUAAAAUUUGUACACUUUGUAUAAUCUGUAUCUUGUGGUAUUUGGUACUAUAGGGAAAACUUUGGCAAGACUUAGCAGUUUUUAUAUUUUUGUUAUUUCUUUGCUGUUUGGUCCCGAUUACAUUACAAUUAUACGCAGAAACUUUUUUUGUACUGUACUUACAAUAUAAUUUUUUUU